AUGGCGAAGUAUUUUUCAAGUUCAAAACAUACUGUCAAAAAGUAUAUUUUUGUACAGCAAUUCAAGGCGGGAAAUUUCGACAACAACACCGAUGCUUUGAACAUAUCCAUCCUAUACUUUAUUCAUACCUUUUUGUUUUCACAAGUACGUGAUGCUAGUAUUAGCCGAUCAGACUUUGUGAUGGUGGAGGAUGACAGUACUAUAGAUGAUCAUGUCGAUAAUGUAAUUCCAAAGAUUUUUAAUUGGAAGGUAGUUGGAAUUAAGGUCAAGUAUGAGAAGUAUGAGAAGUUCAUGGCUGGUAUGUUCAGCAAGUUUGUGUACACUAAUUUACGGCAAACUCAUGAAGAAGUACAAAGGCUUGAUUUGCUAACAAUCGACGGCGUUGAAUUAAAUAAUGAUGCAUCUUCCUUAUCACAUGAUACUUAUCCAGAUCAUAGUGGUAAAAGACACGCUGUCGAUAUACAUACCCAAUUGGACAUGGACCAUCAAGGUUUUGAAGAUUUUAGUAUUGUUCCAUCACCUGAAAUCCUAAUGAGGGCAGGUUUGAAUACUCAUGCAUCAGCAUCACAACCUACAAAGAAGAAGAGGACAGUCCGAUUUGAUACUGCAACUAUUCUUAUACAAGAUAGCGAGAAUACUCCACCAUUUAUUUUAGGAAAAAGUAUACCAAUAGAUCAAUCACGGACUUCUGAUUCAGAGCGUCUUGAUGCACCAACGCUAACUCCAUCAUCAUCCGGUAAGUCACAUCAUCAGGACAGUUCUGACCAAAGGUGGAAUGAGUUGAAGUUCUUCUUACAGUUUUAUGUUGACCAAAAAUUCACCUUCAUUCACAAAAUAAUGGUUAAACAACAUGAAGAAUCAAAUGACAAAAGAAAUAAACAACACGCAGAACUUUUGAGCAUGCUAAAACACAUCAACCACACCCAUGAAAAGGAUGAUGAACUUGGAUGGUUUACAAUUGGGGGUGUUCCAUCAAUAGAUAAUUUUGAAGAGAUGGAUAUCGUUACUAGUUCGAAAGAUAAAGGAAAAAAGGUUAAAGAAAUGGUGAAUCAGGAACUGGAGGAUAUUGAAACUACCACAUUGAAUGGUCUUGUAGGUACAGUUGUAAAUCAUAAUCUGGAUUACUCUAAAGUACAAAACCCUAUGACUAAGAAUAUCCGUCCUAUUUCGGAGGAUGGUCAACAGACUUGGGAAGUCACCUUCUUCUUUCUCAUGCUAUUACCGAAAGCUCUUUUCUUAGGAAGGAUUAUUCCAGUUUUUAGUCUUAUGACCUGCGCCCUUUCACCGGCGAUGGAUGAAUACUUGAGUACCAUUUCAGAAUCUGCUCAAUUGAAGAUAGAUGCUAUAAUGCAAGGUUUGGCAGCACCGGUAGAUGAUAUUCUGCUUGAAAUUAUUAAAUCGAUGGAUGAAACAGUUAACUUGCAUUUCUUAUCUGAUAGCCAGAUUCCAUCAAAUUAUCCUGAUUCAGUUGUUGUGGCUCAUCUAGCAGCAAAAUCCCCUGCUAAAUGA